CCCACUCGCUCUCCCUGUGCCUCUGACUACACACUCCCCACUACCUCACGAUCGAUCAGACGCUUGAACCAACGCCGCAGCACUGACCGUUAUUCACAGACUGUCUUACAGCAAAGUGAGAAAGGUAAAAAGGAAAAGGAGAAUAGAAAAUGAUGUUUAAAUCCUGACUUAAAAAAAUAUAAAAAAUUCGAAUGGAUUGGGCGAUCUAUUCGGAGUGCUAAUAGGAUAAGAUGAGAGUCGUCUUGGUUACUGUCAUUGCGGACAUGGCUCUUAGUCGCGGUAUGGCACCUUUCUCUCAGUUCCUCGGGGAGUGUUUCCCCUGUCAGUCCUUCACCGCUACUGGAAAUGGCGUUGAGAUGCUGCUGAACAAGGAAGACGCAGUAAAGGCAGACGCUGCCAGGGAAUAAACUACUACUACUACUAUAUGAUUACCUGUGCUUUUCUUUGGGUUGGAUUCAUAGUAGCGGUGGACAAUACCAUGGUGAAUUACCAGAAAUAUAUUACUGUUAUGCAGCUGGCUCUGGGGGUGACCUCCUACAACAAAGAACAUCAUCUUCCUCCCAGGAAAUCGUUGUGGAUUCACCCCAGCCUCCUCCACCCCGGCAACCUCCCACACGGCAGAGCCAGCCGGGGUCAAGGUCAAGGUCAAGGACACGGGCUAGGACACGGGAGCGGCUUGAUCUCUGCAUCAUCGUCUGUGAGCAGCAUACAUCAGGCCCAGCCGUCGCUACGCAAGAUAAAAGGUCGUAUCCACAGAAGCAAGAGCCUGGACAGCAUCGAUCUGCUGGACUCCAAUAGCGCAGCAAUGGAGGAGACAGUCAUAUGGGAGCAGCACACAGUAGCUCUACACAGAGCACCAGGGUUUGGCUUUGGGAUAGCCAUCUCAGGAGGUCGGGAUAACCCUCAUUUCCAGAGUGGUGAGACCUCCAUCGUCAUCUCAGACGUCUUGAAGGGAGGGCCAGCUGAGGGCCUACUGCAGGAGAAUGACAGAGUCACGAUGGUCAACGCCGUCUCCAUGGACAACGUGGAACACGCAUACGCAGUCCAGCAGCUACGGAAAAGUGGCAAGAAUGCAAAGAUUACGAUCAGACGGAAGCGGAAGGUGCAUGUACUGGGUCGUCUUGGGGAGAGGGAGACCAUGUCGGAGCAUGAGGAGGACGAGGAGGACAGUUACGACGAAGAGAUAUACGAGACGCGUUCCACACGCAGCGGCCCCAGCGCCUACAGCGGCGUGGGAGGGGCCUCGGCCCGGCGCAGCGGGAGAAGCACGGGAAGGCGGGACCGGGACAGAGAGCGGGAACGCAGCGGCUCACGGGAGAGGAGUCUCUCCCCGCGCUCAGACCGGCGCUCACUCAACCAGCCCCCGCGGCCCGCCAAAGUCACCCUCGUCAAGUCCCGCAAGAAUGAAGAAUAUGGCCUUCGCCUGGCCAGCCACAUCUUCGUGAAGGACAUCUCCCCCGAGAGCCUGGCGGCCAGAGACGGAAACAUACAGGAGGGAGACGUAGUCCUGAAGAUCAAUGGCACGGUGACAGAGAACCUGUCGUUGAUAGAUGCUAAGAAGCUGAUUGAGAGGUCAAAGGGCAAACUAAAGAUGGUGGUGCAGAGAGACGAGAGAGCUACGCUGCUGAACAUACCAGACCUGGACGACAGCGUCCCAUCAGCCAACGCCUCCGACAGAGACGACAUUUCAGAUAUCCAUUCGGUGGCGUCCGACCAUUCCAACCGAUCCCACGACAAACAUCGUAGCGGCCGGUCCCGCUCCCCUGACAAGCGGUCUGACCACUCCAGACACUCCCCUCCACAGAUCACCAACGGCAGAAGUCGUGAGGAGGAGAGGAUCUUGAAGCCAACAGCGGUACCAGCCAAGUUAGCAGAGGAGGUUCCUGCCCUGCCAAAACCCCUGGAGCAGCUGGUCACCAGGGAGGAGAAACAGUUACCACCUCUACCAG